GACCGGGAGCCCGGGCCGCGGCCCUCCUUCCCCUGCGCGGCCCCUCCCACCCGUGUGCCCCGGGCUGCCACCGCCCGGCGUCGGGGCUCGUCCGUCGCGCGCGCCGUGCCUCCGCCCUCAGGGCCUAUCCCGCCGUAGUCGGCGGGCGGCGGCGGCGGGAGCCGAGGCGUCUUCACUCCGCUCGCAUCCGCUCGCCCGGGAAGCCAGCCCCGCGCCCCGCUCCUCAUGACUGCGGCGCCCCUGCUGCCCCAGCCCUGCCGGCCAGCGCUCGCUGCAGGAUGGAUGCGGACUGUGCGGCGCUAACCCCCGUGGCUCCGUUCCCUCCUCGCCGGCCGACGAGCCCGCCCCGCGAGCCGCAGCAGCAGCAGCAGCAGGAGCAGCCGCCGCAGCCGGACCCGGUGUCCCGCGUCGCCCUCGGGGCGCCCGGUCAGCGCUGAGGGGGAGUCGCCCGGUGGCUCCGAGCCCGCCGUAAGGAGCGCUGCCCGGCACUUCUUGGUGGCUCUUCCGGGCCACCCCUCUUCCCCCCUUUUCAUUCAUAAAUCCGAGCCCGCAUUCUUCACCCCAGCGGACCAACCAUGUCUGACGGCGCCGCCGCCGAGAAGCAGAGCGGCACCCCGGGCUUCCUUUCGCCCCCGGCGCCCGUCCCCAAGAACGGCUCCAGCUCCGAUUCUUCCGUGGGCGAGAAACUGGGGGCCACGGCGGCCGACUCGGGGAUUGGCAGGACUGAGGAAUACCGGCGCCGCCGCCACACUAUGGACAAGGACAGCCGUGGGGCGGCCGCCACCCCCACCCCCACGGAGCACCGCUUCUUCCGCCGGAGCGUCAUCUGCGACUCGAAUGCCACCGCGCUGGAGGUGCCCGGCCUCCCUCUCGCCGUCCCCCAGCCCAGUGUAGCCGCAGUGGUGCCCCAGAGUGCUCCACCCGAGCCUCACAGAGAGGAAACUUUGACCGCCGCCGUUGCCUCCCAGGUGUCUCAGCAGCCCUCGGCGGCCGCUGCCUCCCCUGGGGAUCAAGCCAUUGUCGGCCCGGCCACCGCCACCGUCGCCAGCAGUACCGGCAAAGACCGCCCGGUGUCCCAGCCCAGCCUCGUGGGGAGCAAAGAGGAGCCACCGCCGGCCAGAAGUGGAAGCGGCAGUGGUGGCGGCAGCGCCAAGGAGCCCCCGGAGGAUCAGCGGCACCAGCAACAGGAUGAUAUCGAAGAGCUGGAGACCAAGGCCGUGGGCAUGUCCAACGACGGUCGCUUUCUCAAAUUUGACAUCGAGAUCGGCAGAGGCUCCUUUAAGACAGUCUACAAAGGUCUGGACACCGAAACCACCGUGGAAGUCGCCUGGUGUGAAUUGCAGGACCGAAAGUUAACAAAAUCUGAAAGGCAGAGAUUCAAAGAAGAGGCUGAAAUGUUAAAGGGUCUUCAACAUCCCAACAUUGUUCGAUUCUAUGAUUCCUGGGAGUCCACAGUAAAAGGGAAAAAAUGCAUUGUUUUAGUGACCGAACUAAUGACAUCUGGAACACUUAAAACGUACUUAAAAAGAUUUAAAGUGAUGAAAAUCAAAGUUUUAAGAAGCUGGUGUCGGCAAAUCCUUAAAGGGCUUCAGUUUCUCCACACACGAACUCCACCAAUUAUUCACAGGGAUCUUAAAUGUGACAAUAUCUUUAUCACUGGCCCUACGGGCUCAGUCAAGAUCGGAGACCUUGGUCUGGCAACUCUAAAGCGGGCUUCUUUUGCCAAGAGUGUGAUAGGUACCCCAGAGUUCAUGGCUCCUGAGAUGUAUGAAGAGAAAUAUGAUGAAUCCGUUGAUGUUUAUGCUUUUGGGAUGUGCAUGCUUGAGAUGGCUACAUCUGAAUAUCCAUACUCAGAGUGCCAAAAUGCUGCACAGAUCUACCGUCGAGUGACCAGUGGAGUGAAACCAGCCAGUUUUGACAAAGUAGCAAUUCCUGAAGUGAAGGAAAUUAUUGAAGGCUGUAUCCGACAAAACAAAGAUGAAAGAUAUUCCAUCAAAGACCUUUUGAACCAUGCCUUUUUCCAGGAGGAAACAGGGGUACGGGUAGAAUUAGCCGAAGAAGAUGAUGGAGAAAAGAUAGCUAUUAAGUUAUGGCUGCGUAUUGAAGAUAUUAAGAAAUUAAAGGGAAAAUACAAAGACAAUGAAGCUAUUGAGUUUUCCUUUGACUUGGAGAGGGAUGUACCAGAAGAUGUUGCUCAAGAAAUGGUCGAGUCUGGGUAUGUCUGUGAAGGAGAUCAUAAGACCAUGGCUAAAGCUAUCAAAGACAGGGUAUCAUUAAUUAAGAGAAAACGAGAGCAGCGGCAGUUGGUUCGAGAAGAGCAAGAGAAAAGAAAACAGGAAGAGAGCAGUCUCAAACAACAGAAUGAACAACAAGCAGCUGUUUCCCAGGCAGGAAUCCAGCAGCUCUCUUCUGCUAGCACUGGCAUACCUACUGCUCCCACCACUUCUGCAUCAGUUUCUACGCAAGUAGAGCCUGAAGAACCAGAGGCAGAUCAACAUCAACAGCUACAGUAUCAGCAACCUAGUAUAUCUGUGUUAUCUGAUGGAACAGUUGACAGUGGUCAGGGAUCAUCCGUCUUCACAGAAUCCCGAGUGAGCAGCCAACAAACAGUUUCCUAUGGUUCCCAGCAUGAACAGGCAUAUUCUGCUGGCACGGCACCAGGACACACUGCUUCCAGUGUCCAAGCACAGUCACAGCCCCAGGGGGUGUAUCCACCCUCAAGUAUGCCUCGUCGUGGCCGUAGCAUGUCGGUUUGUGUUCCCCAUCUUUCUGCUGUCCCCUGUCUGUCCCGCAUCUCUCCCAGUGCCCCUUCCACCCCACCAGUGCUGUCUGCACCUCUUUGCCCUUCCCUCCUUCGGACUGCCCCUGAGGAAACUUUUGCCGAAAAGCUCUCUAAAGCAUUGGAGAGUGUCCUGCCUAUGCACUCUGCCUCCCAGCGCAAGCACCGACGCUCCAGCCUGCCUUCCCUCUUUGUCACUACUCCUCAGUCCAUGGCGCAUCCGUGUGGGGGGACCCCAACAUACCCAGAAUCACAGAUAUUUUUCCCAACUAUUCAUGAACGUCCAGUUUCUUUUUCACCACCUCCCAUCUGUCCACCGAAAGUAGCCAUUUCCCAACGACGUAAGAGCACCUCCUUCCUGGAAGCCCAAACUCGCCACUUCCAACCCCUGCUGAGGACUGUUGGCCAAAAUCUUCUUCCACCUGGUGGCAGCCCAACUAACUGGACACCAGAGGCCAUAGUUAUGUUGGGUACUACAGCCAAUAGAGUAAAUAGAGAGCUAUGUGAGAUGCAGGUCCAACCUGUGUUUGAGCCAGCCCAGAUUUACAGUGACUAUAGACCUGGACUAGUACUGGCAGAAGAAGCUCGCUAUUUUAUUCCUCAGGAAACAGUGUAUCUAGCUGGGGUGCAUUAUCAGGCCCAGGUGGCAGGACAGUAUGAGGGCAUUUCAUACAACUCACCAGUAUUGUCAAGUCCUAUGAAACAGAUACCUGAACAGAAACCAGUGCCUGGGGGCCCUUCCUCAAGUUCUGUCUUUGAAUUUCCAUCUGGACAGGCUUUCCUGGUAGGACACCUUCAGAAUUUAAGAUUAGAUUCUGGACCAAAUCCUGCAUCACCCCUUUCUAGUGUUUCUGCGCCUAACAGUACAGAUGCUACACAUUUGAAAUUUCACCCUGUCUUUGUACCUCAUUCUGCACCAGCUGUGUUAACUCAUAGCAAUGAGAACAGAAGCAACUGUGUAUUUGAAUUUCAUGCUCAAACACCAAGUUCCUCUUCAGGAGAAGGAGGUGGGAUUUUACCUCAACGUGUUUACCGAAAUCGACAGGUUGCAGUGGACUCAAGUCAGGAAGAACUGCCUCCUCAGUCAGUUGGAUUACAUUGCCAUCUGCAGCCUGUUACUGAAGAACAGCGUAAUAACCAUGCCCCAGAAUUGACCAUUUCUGUGGUAGAGCCUAUGGGACAGAACUGGCCAAUAGGAAGCCCAGAAUAUUCCAGUGAUUCCUCUCAAAUCACUUCUUCAGAUCUCAGUGAUUUUCAGUCACCUCCCCCUACAGGGGGAGCAGCUGCACCUUUGGGCUCUGACGUCUCAUUGCCCUUUAUCCGUCUGCCUCAGACAGUGUUACAAGAUUCCCCACUCUUCUUCUGUUUUCCCCAAGGAACCACACCUCAGCAGGUCUUAUCUGCCUCAUAUUCUUCAGGAGGAUCUGCACUCCAUCCACAGGCCCAGGGGCAGAGCCAAGGCCAAACGUCAGGUAGCUUAGCAGGGGUUCUGUCUUCGCAGCCCAUCCCACAUCCUCAGCAGCAACAGGGAAUACAGCAGACUGUUCCUCCUCAACAGGCAGUACAGUAUUCACUUCCACAGGCAGCAUCUUCCAGUGAAGGCACUACUGCACUGCCAGCAAGUCAGGCUCAGAUGUCAGCCGGGACACAGCCUGUGAAUCAGCUGCAGAGUCAGGUUCACCCGCAGCUCCUACAGCCAACAGUUCAGUCCAUGGGAAUACCAGCUAACCUUGGACAAGCUGCUGAGGGUCCACUUCCCUCUGGAGAUGUUCUGUACCAGGGCUUCCCAUCUCGACUGCCACCACAAUACCCAGGAGAUUCAAAUAUUGCUCCCUCUUCCAACGUGGCUUCUGUUUGCGUCCAUUCUACAGUCCUAGCCCCUCCUCCAAUGCCGACAGAAGCAUUGGCCACCCAAGGUUACUUUCCUACAGUAGUGCAGCCUUAUGUGGAAUCAAAUCCUUUGGUUCCUAUGGGCAGUGUAGGAGGCCAGGUUCAAGUGUCCCAACCAGCAGUGAGUUUAACGCAACAACCCCCCACUACAUCCUCCCAGCAAGCAGUUCUGGAGAGUACUCAGGGAGUCUCUCAGGCGACUCCUCCAGAACAAGCUCCAAUAACACAGUCACAACCUACCCAGCCUGUCACAUUGGUUUCUUCUGUAGACAGUGCACAUUCAGAUGUUGCUUCAGGUAUGAGUGAUGGCAAUGAGAAUGCUCCGUCAUCCAGUGGGAGGCAUGAAGGGAGAACGACAAAACGUCAUUAUCGAAAAUCUGUAAGAAGUCGCUCUCGUCAUGAAAAGACUUCUCGCCCGAAACUGAGGAUUUUAAAUGUUUCAAAUAAAGGAGAUCGAGUAGUAGAAUGUCAAUUAGAGACUCAUAAUCGGAAAAUGGUUACAUUUAAAUUUGACCUAGAUGGUGACAACCCUGAAGAGAUAGCAACAAUUAUGGUGAACAAUGACUUUAUUCUAGCAAUAGAAAGAGAGUCUUUUGUGGCUCAAGUGCGGGAAAUUAUUGAAAAAGCUGAUGAAAUGUUAAGCGAGGAUGUCAAUGUGGAGCCUGAGGGUGACCAGGGAUUGGAGAGUCUGCAAGAAAAGGACGACUAUGGCUUUUCAGGUUCUCAGAAAUUAGAAGGAGAGUUCAAGCAACCAAUUGCUGUAUCUUCCAUGCCACAACAAAUAGGUGUUCCUACCAGUUCUUUAACACAAGUUGUUCAUUCUGCUGGAAGACGGUUUAUAGUGAGUCCUGUACCAGAAAGUAGGUUACGGGAAUCAAAAGUUUUCACCAGUGAAAUAUCAGAUGCAGUUGCUGCCUCUACAUCUCAGGGCCCUGGAAUGAACUUAUCUCAUUCAGCUUCAUCCCUUAGUCUCCAGCAGGCUUUUUCUGAACUCAAACAUGGCCAGAUGAGUGAAGGACCCAAUACAGCACCUCCAAAUUUCAGUCAUGCAGGACCAACAUUUUCGCCCUUUUUAGCAGGCGUUGCUGCUGUCCAAACUGUAGCAGCAUCCACACCAUCAGUAUCAGUCCCUGUAACAAGCAGCCCUCUUAAUGACGUUUCCACAGCAGUAAUGCAGGCUGAGUCCGCAGGGUCCACUGAAAAAGGCCUAGCGGGAGUCACCACCAGUGCAGGUGUGGUAACUUCAAGUGGUCUCACCACACUGUCUGUGUCUGAGCCACCUACACUUCCCAGCGCAGUUUCAAGUGCUCCAGCACCUGCCGUUGUUGCCGUGUCUACAACAGCCCAGCCAGUUCAGGUUUCCACACCCGGGAGCAUUGUUUCUAGUACAGGCAGUUUUCCUUCCGGAACAUUUUCCACAAGUACAGCUGCUGCGGUGGGUAGUGUGGCUGCCCCAAAUGCUAAGCCUCCAGCGGUAUUAUUGCAACAGGUAGCAGGUACUGCUGCUGGCAUAGCCAUAGUGACAUCAGUCUCUACCACCACUCCAUUCCCAGGCAUGGCUUCACAGCCAUCCCUUCCGCUUAGCAGCAGCACUUCUGCUCCUGCCCUAGCUGAAACAGUGGUGGUUAGUGCACACUCACUAGACAAGACAUCUCACAGUAGUACAACAGGAUUACCUUUGUCCUUUUGUGCACCAUCCUCUUCCUCCUCCUCUGGAACAGCAGUGUCUAGUUCUGUUUCUCAGCCCGGUAUGGUGCAUCCUUUGGUCAUCUCAUCAGCUGUAGCUUCUACACCUGUCCUCCCCCAACCAGCAGGACCUACUUCUACACCUUUAUUACCCCAAGUACCUAAUAUUCCACCCUUGGUCCAACCUAUUACUAAUGUACCUGCUGUACAACAAACACUCAUUCAUAGUCAGCCUCAACCAGCUUUGCUUCCCAACCAGCCUCACACUCACUGUCCAGAAGUGGACGCUGAUAACCAAGCCAAAGCACCUGGGAUUGAUGACAUAAAGACUCUGGAGGAAAAGCUGAGAUCUCUCUUUAGUGAACACAGCUCAUCUGGAACUCAGCAUGCUUCUGUCUCCCUCGAGACACCUCAAGCAGUAGAGACCACCGUCACACCAGGCAUCCCUACCACUGCUGUAGCACCAAGCAAAGUCAUGACUUCCACUACGAGUACUUGCUUACCACCAACCAGUUUGCCAUUAGGAGCAACGGGCUUGCCAGUUAUGCCUGUGGGCACACCUGGGCAGGCUUCUACCCCAGGCACACAUGUUUCAGCCUCAGUCAGCACUUCAACAGGAUCAAAACCUGGAACGACCCCCCCAAAGCCAUCUUUAACUAAGGCUAUGGUGCCACCAGUGGGUACUGAACUUCCGGCUGGCACUCUACCCUGUGAGCAGGUGUCACCUUUUCCUGGACCUUCUCAAAUUCAGUCCCAGCAACCACUAGAAGAUCUCGAUGCUCAGUUGAGAAGAACGCUUAGUCCAGAGAGUAUUACAGUGACAUCUGCAGUUAGUCCUCUGUCCACGGUGGCUUCAACGGGAGUUACAGAAGCAGGAAUUCAGCUUCAAAAGGAAGGUACUGAAGGUCAUGUCCCAGCAACUAACGCAGGAGCUGGUGUUGUUAAAAUGGGGCGAUUUCAGGUUUCAGUUACGAUGGAUGAUGCCCAGAAAGAGCAUAAAAAUAGGUCAGACGAUACAAAGUCGGUUCAUUUUGAAUCUAGCACAUCAGAUUCAUCAGUUCUUUCAAGUAGUAGUCCUGAGAAUACCCUGGUAAAGCAAGAGCCUAAUGGAAUCACUAUCCCUGGCAUCUCCUUAGAUGUGCCAGACAGCACCCACAAAACACCUACCCCUGAAGGGAAGUCAGAAACAGGGCAGCCUACCAAGGUCGGACGUUUUCAGGUGACAACUACAGCAAACAAAGUGGGUCGUUUCUCUGUUUCAAGAACUGAGGACAAGGUCACAGAGCUCAAAAAAGAAGGACCAGUGACCUCUCCUCCUUUCAGAGAUUCAGAACAAACUGUUAUUCCUGCUGUGAUACCAAAGAAGGAGAAGCCUGAGCUAGAAGAACCUUCUCAUCUGAAUGGGCCAUCUUCAGACCUGGAGGCUGCCUUUCUAAGCAGGGGUACAGAGGAUGGCUCGGGUAGUCCACACUCUCCCCCUCAACUGUGUUCAAAGAGCCUUCCCAUCCAGAAUCUAAGUCAGAGCCUUAGUAAUUCAUUCAACUCCUCUUAUAUGAGUAGUGAUAAUGAGUCAGACAUUGAGGAUGAAGACUUAAGGUUAGAACUGCGACGACUGCGAGAAAAGCAUCUUAAAGAGAUUCAGGACCUGCAGAGUCGCCAGAAGCAAGAAAUUGAAACUUUGUAUACCAAACUGGGCAAGGUUCCCCCUGCUGUCAUUAUUCCCCCAGCUGCUCCUCUGUCAGGAAGAAGGAGGAGGCCCACUAAAAGCAAAGGCAGCAAGUCUAGUCGCAGCAGCUCGUUGGGUAAUAAAAGCCCACAGCUUUCAGCAGGUAACCUGUCUGGUCAGAGUGGAACUUCAGUCUUACACCCCCAACAGACCCUCCAUCCCCCAGGCAAUACCCCAGAGACUGGGCACAACCAGCUGUUACAGCCUCUUAAGCCAUCUCCCUCCAGUGACAACCUCUAUUCAGCCUUUACCAGUGAUGGUGCCAUUUCAGUACCAAGCCUUUCUGCUCCUGGUCAAGGCUGUGCGAAGUUUAACUGUGCAUCUGAGCAGGUGACAUUCAAACCUGGUGGCAGGAGGACCCGAUUUCUGAGUACGCCCUGCUUGGCUCUUUGGAAGAUGGUGAAAAAAGUCUGUCCUUGCAACCAGCUCUGUAUGUGCCCUCCAGCUGAGCAGAAAUCAGGGACCAGCAGCACAAAUACGGUUGGAGGAACAGUGAGUAGCCAGGCUGCCCAGGCGCAGCCUCCUGCCAUGACUUCCAGCAGAAAGGGCACAUUCACAGAUGACCUGCACAAGUUGGUAGACAACUGGGCCCGAGAUGCCAUGAAUCUUUCAGGCAGGCGAGGCAGCAAAGGACACAUGAAUUAUGAGGGUCCUGGAAUGGCAAGGAAGUUCUCUGCUCCUGGGCAGCUGUGCAUUUCCAUGACCUCAAACCUGGGUGGCCCUGCCCCCAUCUCUGCAGCAUCUGCUACCUCUCUAGGUCACUUCACCAAGUCCAUGUGCCCCCCACAGCAGUAUGGUUUUCCAGCUGCCCCAUUUGGCACUCAGUGGAGUGGAACAGGUGGUCCAGCACCACAGCCGCUUGGCCAGUUCCAACCUGUAGGAACCACAUCCUUGCAGAAUUUCAACAUCAGCAAUUUGCAGAAGUCCAUCAGCAACCCUCCAGGUUCCAACCUGCGUACCACCUAGUCAGACUCGAGGGUGUUAACUGAGUAUUUGGGGGCAGGAAAUGGAAUGCUGGGGGGGUGGGGGUGGGGAAGUAGCCUAUAUACUAACUACUAGUGCUGCAUUUAACUGGUUAUUUCUUGCCAGAAGGGAAUGUUUUUAAUGCCAUUUUGAGCCCUCAGAAUGGAGAACCACCCUCCCUCUCCAUUUGUUGGAGUUCAAAGAGAAGGAAAAAGCAGCUUUCUGGUGGAGGGGCUGAUGAGACUGCUUUCCUGUUUCAUACCCACCAGUAAGGCCUAGGGCUAGAAGAUACCAGAGAGCCCCAAGAGCUCAGUGUAAGCCUAGCCCAUAUGUAUCUGUAAGUGGAUAGAGCUCUUAAUUUUGACAUACGUCCCGAAUUCCUUAUUCCCUCAACAAUGCACACCUUCAGACAAAAAGGUUCUCUCCCAUUCUGAUUCUGAUCCCUACCCCCCAAAUUUUUUUUUUCCCUUUAACAACCUAGUCAGAAAUACCAGGGGACUGGGGUUGCAACCCUUUCUUAUAUAGGUCAUUAUAUGCUUUAAGCAAAAGAUAUUAGCAGCUUUGACUGCGGCAUUAGCAAUUAGGGAAAACAAUGACGUUCCCUGCGGACAUGUAACUUUGCCAUCAGUUUUGAUGUGGAAACACUGUGAUAUUAUAAAUGUUGUUGGACAACAUUAGUUUUAAGAGUAAAAUUUGAAAGGUUUAAAAGGUUCAUACAUACACACACAUACACACACACAUACACACACACACAAAGAAGCUAGCUCUGUCCUUUACUUAUUAAGACACUUUAACUUUUUCCUUUGUAUUUCCAUUGUAUUAGAUAAAUAAAUGUGAAUGUAAAAUUGUAUAAAUUCCUGUACUUGAAUACUUCUGUUCUCCCAGUAUUGCUUGCUGGAUAUUUUAGUGCCUUGGACUUCUAUUGCUUCUGCUGUUAGCAUCAACUUACCAGACCCCAGGUCACCAAAGGGUAUGUGGAAAGAAAUCUUAGGUCCAUGUGACCCCAGCAGUGGAUAUGCCAAAGGGAAAAUGAAAGUGUUUUGUUUUUGUUUUGUUUUUCAGUCGUUCAGCAGAUUUGCCUAGAGCAGGUGUAAGAUGAGCACAGUGAGAAGUUGGCAUCAGUGGUUGAAAACAGAGUUCUGUUUCAGGAAGAUUGAGGAGGGUUGUGAGCUGGGUGAAAGACAAGGACUGGAGAUGUGGGGGACAAGCUUGUUUGAAGUGAUGCCUGGCCAGUGAACAAAUGACCUAGAAGAAAUUAAACAAAAUGAGAGGGGAAUGGGCCAGAUUUUAAGUUUGGAAGGAUAACAGUGCCAAGUCACAGAUGGAAAAAGUUGCUCUAAGUAAACCUGCUUGGUUGCCCCCACCUCUCGUUGCACAUGUACCACAUAUUUCUCUGCUUGAAGUACUGUAUUGUGGAAAAUGGACCCAUUUCUGACUUUCUAAGCAUUGCAGGAAAAGUGCUUAUUUCCUUUCCUAUCCCUUUUCUUUUACAAUGUUUAAAUGGUUGCACAGUUGGAAUCUAUUGUGCCACCCGUACUUCUGUAUUAGAACUAAUACUCUCAAAUUUUCAUAUCCUCCAUUUCCCCUAAUAACAGCAACCAACCAGUAUUAUCUAGUGCUAUGCCUAGUUAUAUAUAACGGGCACAUUUUUGGCAAUAGGGACCUAAUUGGCUGUUUGGGAUCUGAAAAAGUGGAGAGAGAAGUAGAACUCCUCAUUUCUUGGGUGCUUCCUCCUUCACCUUGAGUUGGGAACUGACACAUUUCCAACUUAAUGACACAUCCCAGGAGUUACCACGCUAGCAAGAGCCUGGCUAUGGGUACCUGAACCCCUUCUUCCUUUUAAGAGUCCUGUUCUUUUUAAGUUGGUGUGGGCCCAAAGAUACAAGUGAGAGCUGAAAGUUUUAGGAGAGGAAAGUGUAAAGAGCAGGGCUUUUGUUUCAGGUCCUGCUACCAAAGUUGACUCAUUUAUUCCUUUUUGAGAGAGGUGUGGAAGUGAAGCGGGUUAUAGGAUGAUGGAGUACUUUGUUCCAGCGGUAGAGGGAGCCAAAUGCAGCAUGCCUUGUUUGGUUUUGGUUUUAGGUCUUUUCUCCCUUCACAAAGGUUUAUUUACUGUUGAUUUCCCCCUCCUGUGGAUGAAAUAACUGAAGCCUAGAGGAACGAGCUAGUGCUACUGAACUGUUUAAAUUAUUUUUGUGUUAAUAGUACACUUUGAGUAUCUUUUUCCACAUUUAAAAAGAACUUUCCGAAUUAUAAAUGUUUUCCUUACGUUAUUUAACAAUGUACACUGUUUAAAACUGAAUUCAAACCUAGGGGUUUCUCAGCAGCCGUUAACUGUACAUUUUGCACUAACUCCGGGUGUUGCGCUUCUUGUAAGAUUGCGCUUUGUGCUUCAGUUUGUUACCUUUGUAGACUUAUUUAAUGAAACCAUUCAAAUAAACCAAACUUGCUUUUGUUGA